AUGGACUACCAUAGUCCGGAAGGUUCAACUUCACAGCUGGCUGGCAAGAUACCAAAUCCGACUGAUCUAUCUCGUCGGCUUGAAUCUACCCAACAAGAACAGCAAGCAAAGGAAAAUUGGAGUGACGAUGAAAAUUUAACUGCCACUCCGUCACGAUCCCCCAAUAACAGUAUUCCUCGAGUUGACCUUCAAGCUGGUACUCAAUUGUGGGAUACCUUUUCUCCAUCACCUAACAAUAGGUCACCUGUAAACCUCCAUUGCUGUUGUGGUAAUGACGAUUGUUCGAACCUUGCAGCCUUUUUAAGAAGUUUAAAAUCUAUGGAAGACCAACUAAGAUUGGCUGCUGAAAUUGGACAAGCACUUUUACAGCAGCAAGGAGUAUAUCAAGACGAAAUAAAAGAGUACCAACAGAAGUUAGAACAUCAGAAGAAAUUAUUGAAUACAGCAAACACUCUAGAAAGUAAGAGUAUAAAUGAUAUAAAUGAGUGUGCGCGAUAUCAACAGAGAAUCGCGGAACUUGAAGAUCAAGUACAUGAAUUUGAAAGUACACAGAAAACUUUGGCCAAAGAAAAAGAUGAUGCUACAAGACAGAAAAAUAUUUUAGAAAAUAAAAGUGAGGCGCUUACAGAAGCUCUUGAAUCCAGUGAUAAGAGAGUUGUAGAAUUGACCAAUGAAAUUGAACGACUUGAUCAUGAAGUUAAGCGUCUCAUGGCAAAUAAUCUUAUGGGUGAACGAAUUGAAGAGAGAGAAGAAAUAUUAAGUAGACAAUUGGAAGAUUUAAAACAAGAGCUUCAUGUGUCUAGGAAAGCGGAGUUUGCCGCAGAAUCGAAAGUAAAAAAAUUACAAGCAAAAUAUGAUCAGCUUUGUAUUAACCUUGAAAAGCUAGAAAAUGAACAACAAGGCUCUCGAAAAUCAAGAGGAAAAUUAGAAGCAGUAGCUAUGCUUCGCGAAUCAAAAUCGUCACAACCAAAUCUUAAUAACGAGGCCAACUCUCAUCUUAUCGCUCUUAUUAAAGAACUUUCUUCUGCAAAUAAUAAAUUAAAAUCCGAGAUUAGUGAAUAUCGUGAUCUUCUUUCAGAAUCUCGUAAUGAAGUGAGUAGUUUGCAAAAUCGAAUUGAAGACUUCGAGACAACAAGUGUAGCAGGCUAUUUCCAUCCUAGUAGCUACGCUAUGUCAGCAUUCCAACCGCAUACCCAUGAUGAAAUGGGUGAAAAUCAACCUACUUCUCCUAGCAUGUUUGUGGAAGAAACUGGAGAGUCUAAUAAUAUACCUGGUACUGCCGCUCGAUCAAUUAAUCCACUUAUGUCACCCAAUCCUUCGUUUGGUCCUGGUUCAUAUAACACGUUCAAUAGCAUGGGCGUUGAUCCUUCUGUCCAUUCUCCUGUAGGAUCAGUUGUAUCUUCGUCGAUGUUAUCCAGCUCGAAUCCACUUCACCAUCACUACCAUUAUCACCACUACCAUUAUCUUAACGAAAAUAAUGAUAUAAAAGGGAACGUAUUUGGUGAGCUUGAAAAAUACUAUAAAAAGCCAAAAACCAAGGGACCUAGAAUCAUACGUGGCCCGAAAAAAAGCAGAAGAGGAGCAAUCCCUGAAUUCGAUGAAAAAGCUGAAGAUCAACUGAAUGAUGAAAAUAUCACCCCUACUGAUGCUACAGAAAAGAAAUACCCCCGAUCCGAAGGCUAUGAAAGUGUAUCAGGUGCAUCGGAUCAAUGUUAUAACGAACUAAAUGAAGAGGGAGAUGAUAUAGCCAAUGAGUCUGGAAGUUCUACCAUUAAAAAAGGUGACAUAACUAAAUUAAAAACUUCUCAUGAUUCUUCAGUGGACAAUAUUGAUUCACAGAAAAGACCAAGUCUUUCGUUAUUAUCUGCUGGUCUCAAGAGGUCUGCCGCAGGAGAAUCUAAUCCAAUCAAUCAAGAACAAGAACAAGGAGGCGAAAAAUCUCCCACAAAGAAAACUUUUGAUAGAGAUACAACUCAGCGCAGAACUUCACUUUCUUCGAAACGAAUAAAUUUGGCCAAAGUAUCACCAGCUACAACUUCAGCUCAACAACAUAAGCCAACGCAGUCAUCUCCAUUGGCUGUUCAUCGUCGUAACGCAUCAAAUGUUACGGCGAUUGAGGUUCCUCAAUCUUCUAGUUCACCUGCUGUGGCUCAAAUAGCUAAAGAAUUACAAAUGAAACCUAGCAUACCGGCCUUCAAAAAUCCAAAAUUUGCUACUCUUGGGCCAAAAGAACGUAAAACCAUGAUGGAGGCAUGGCGUGCGGGUGUUGCUAAAGAACAGCAACAAAAGGAUAUUGCUGUAGAAAAUGAUGGAUUAGGUAGUGCAAAAACCAGAAAUCAAUCAGCUGCUAAUAAUAAUAGUGGUUCUUCUACUAUAAAAGGAAAAAAUUGGAAAGAUAUGCCUAAUUCACCAGUCAAAUUAUUUGUUGAAGAAGUUUUGGUGGAUGAGACUAAUCUUUCUGCUGCAGAAGCAGCAGCCGUUGCUAAUGAAGUCCAACAUGGAUUGACAGGCUCUGGUACAAAAUCUGCACAUUCUUGCCAGGCUUCUAAUACAGCCCAUCAAAAUAUACCAUUACUUAUCACUACUGAUAGUGACGGAUCUAAACAGGAGCCUCAGUUUUCUGAAUCUUUUCAAAAUCAAAAUCCUUAUCAAUUGCUAUUUAACCUUGCCAGUUAUAUCAUGGAUCGUAUGAAGGGUACAGAUUUAAUGGCUCUUAAUCGUAGAUUAAAGAGAACAUUUGAUAUUUUGGAGUUGACUGAUUUAAGUAAUAAUUUGAUUGAAAAUAUUCUGAAUGAUGUUGAAGGUUUCAGAGAACGGUUCAGAUGGGUAGAGGAACUCUGUAACAAUGAUGAAAUGAAAACAAAUUCGAAAAUGGCUUUUAAUGAUUUGAAUGAUUCCGAGAAUGGUAAAAGUCAAAAAGAGCUCUUUAUGUUUUCACCUGAAUAUUUCUUGCCAUUGGUGCAUCUUUUGCAAGACCUUUUAACUGAGAUAGGCAAAUUACGUAUGAUAAUUAAUGAUGUUCAAGUAUCUUACGUGCAAAAGGUAGAGGAGAGUCGUCGAAAAGCAGAAGAAGAAUUUGGCAAAAGUGUUUUAGGUGGAAAAGAUGACGAACGGUUCAAGAGAAGAGGAAGAGCACAAAGUCAAAGUAGUGAUGGCGGGUUUGGGGCAUAUCUUAGUCGAGUCUUUGGGGGAGUAAAGGAAGUUCAAUCCAUAACACCCGCACGUCAUCAUAGCCGACGAUUAUCAGUAGACUUUUUGCACGAUCGUGAUGUCUCUGUUGGUAGUAUUGAUACUUUUGCUGAAGACAAUUAUUAUAUAGAUCGUAAUUUGGAGGCAUAUAUAAGAACACCAAGUACACAAAGAGUUUAUAAGAGAAGAGAGAGUAAUGAUUCAUCAGUUGGAUCCUUUUUAAGGCAUGGGGUGAUUUCUUUAUUUGGCGGAGUCGGUAACAGCACUUCUGGUAAAAAGAGUCAGAAGAUUGAUAGAACCGAUAAUUCCGUAAACACAAAGAAUGGAAAACCGAAAAAUGGAGAUACAUUAGCUAGUGGUGUACAUCAGCGGCGAAUUGCGAACGUUGACACUGGUGACAUUCCAUCUAAAAGUCGACGAAUUCGUAAUCUAGAAAGAAGUUUGUCGGUUGAUGUAUCUUCGAUACCUAUAAUAUCUCCGUCUUCAACAACUAUUCAAUAUUUUGGUUCCGAGGCUGCGCAUGCGUCUCAACCACAGCAUGCAACAAUGCCGCCACCAAUAGCAACAACAACGCCGAGACAAUUAAGGAUAUCCACUGAUAAUGGUAAUCUAGAAAGUCGUUUGCGACAACAUUUAGCAACAACACCACAAGCAAAUAGUAAUCCAUUAGGUGAUCAGAAUAUUGAUGGUGAUUAUAACGGAUCAUUAUGGGAUAAAUUCUUCCGCCCUAAAUAA